AUGAAGGAAAUGUCCUGCUUCUGCUUGAGUUUUUCUUCCUUGUUGGAACAGAUGGUGAAGGCUUACAAAUACGUGACUGGUAUUUUUUCAGUGACUCAUAGCUCAGAGCCACAGGUUUCAGAUGGUGACAAGAAGCUUACCAGGAUGGAUGUAAGCAUACUUGAGGAGCAGUAUGUCCAUAUAAAACAGAAGCAAAAACUGCAACCACACAUUAUUGUAUAUAAAACAGGUGGACAUGAAUCUGUUCUGCCAGAAUCAAUGAUCAACCCUGUUCUGAUUAAUAAGAAAGUUAAAAGAUCAAAGUCAUGUAGAGGAGACGUGCCAGUCAGAAAGGUCACACUGGAGACAUCCAAUGGAGGCGACUCAGAAGAGGAUUUGCUAUGGCGCGCCCACCUGGGAAGGCACCUGGGGACAGGAGAUUCCUGGGAUCUCUCCCACUGCAACAGCACACCGUGGAGUUUUGACAACCAGAGACUGAUUUCAAAGGGAAAUGGCACAGCACAGACCAAGGAACAUGAAGGAGCAAGUGAACUGUCUGAGCUCAGGCAGCUGGGAAGCUCAAGCCUGUUGAACAGUCUCAGCAAAGAGAACGGCUGCAACACUUCCAGCUCCUGCCAAAAGCCUCCUCUGAAAUCACCCACUGCAGCACUUUGGGCACAUCAGCAGAUUUCUGCUACAAAAUGCACGCCAGCCUGCAACAAACUGAACUUUUACCCUUUCCCAAAUAGGAAAGGGCCCAGAAUUUCUGAAGCUGCAAGGAGGCUUGGGUUGUAUGUCUCACAAUGA